UGUGCAGAGGCAACAAGGAAAACAUGAAGCUCUUGCUCAGAAGCAGGAAGUAAUAACUGGAAUUCUAGUACGGAAAAAAAAAGAAAUACCUGCAACUCCGAUACAGAGGCAAGGAAGUGCAUCCAAUACUCCAGAGCAGAAACAGAAUAGAACAAUUGGAACACCGGUACAGAAGCAAGAAGGAACGCUUGUGCAGAGGCAACAAGGAAAACAUGAAGCUCUUGCUCAGAAGCAGGAAGUAAUAACUGGAAUUCUAGUACGGAAAAAAAAAGAAAUACCUGCAACUCCGAUACAGAGGCAAGGAAGUGCAUCCAAUACUCCAGAGCAGAAACAGAAUAGAACAAUUGGAACACCGGUACAGAAGCAAAAAGGAAGAUCGAUGCAGAAGCAAGAAGGAACGCUUGUGCAGAGGCAGGAAGGAACACCUGUGCAGAGGCAACAAGGAACAACUAGAAUCCCAGUGCAGAAGCAAGAAGGAGGAACUGGAAUUUCAGUGCAGAAGCAAGAAGAAAUAAUUAAAACUCCAUUACAGAAGGAAGAAACAACAACUGAAACAUCAGUGCAAGAACAAGGAAGAACAUCUGGAAUCCCUGUACAGACACAAGAAGGAGCAACUAAAAGCGCUACACGGGUGCAAGAAGAAGCACAACUUUCGAAUUCCUCGGAAAAUGAAAAGCUUAAAGUGUGUGCCGCAGAUUCGAUGCAAGUGGAGCCGACUAUGAGUUACGUGAAGCCACCAACGGCCCAAUUUUUCCCCCCUCAGGGAGCACAGUUGAUGCCAAUCAAAAUGAUAGGAGCUUCUGGAGCACCUCUUUACCAAGUUCCUCAACAGUAUGGGCUUGUUGCUGUUUCGCCUUUUCCGCAACAAGCUGCGAUGCAAAUUGCAGAAGCCCCUGUAUAUGGGGCAGUUCCCGUUCCGUCAUAUCCAGUACAGCCCAACGUGCAAAUGAUAGAAACUCGAUCAGGACCAUUAUACAGCCAAGUUCUACAGCAGUAUGAGCUAGUCCCUAUUCAACCAUAUCCAGUACAACCUGAAAUGCAUAUAGUGGAAACUCGACCAGUACCAUUAUAUAGCCAAAUUCCACAACAAUAUGAGCCUGUUCCUUUCCUAUCGCAAUUCCCCCUGUCAGUUCCCGACUUAUCUGCACCGCCAAUGGCAGGAAUUCCCACACAUCCGUUACCUGGUCAAGUCAUACCACAAUUUCCUCCAACAGUUCCCGAAUUAACCGCACCACCAAUAGCAGGAAUUCCCACACAUCCGUUACCUGGUCAAGUCAUACCACAAUUUCCUCCAACAGUUCCCGAAUUAACCGCACCACCAAUAGCAGGAAUUCCUACACAUCCGCUACCUGGUCAAGUCAUACCACAAUUUCCUCCAACAGUUCCCGAAUUAGCCGCACCACCAAUGGCAGGAAUUUCCGCAGAGCCGUCACCUGCUCAAGUCAUGCCGCAAUUCCUUCCGUCAUUCCCCGGACCGCCAAUGGCGCAAAUUUCUGAACCUGGUCAAGUCUUACAGCAAUUUGGUGUACAUUAUCCAAGGUUUCAAUUAGCAUCCGAACGGUCUAUAUAUAAUCAGCCAUACUUCCAGGCGCCACCCGAACUGUUUCCUGGGAGUGAAACGCAGCAAUUUCUUAAUCAAACUCAACAAUAUGAGCCUCGUUAUAAGGCUGAAGGGAUCGUGGUCACCGAAGUGACUGUCAACUUAUCCAAUCCCUCAAUCAAUCUUUCUGUGGCACAUAAUAAUUUAGAACAACGAAAAGCAGAUACUGAGAAGAAAAAUAAACCAAAAAAGAAAAGAGAGGCAGAGCCAAGGGCAACCCAAGCAGAGUCAAAAGCAACCCAAGCAGAGCCAAAGGCAACCCAAGUCAAGUUCAUUUAUGGUGAGGGUUCCAUGAUACGAAUUGAGGUACCCGAGAAAAAAGAUAUCUCAAAGCGAUCCCAAAUCAAAGUGUGGCCACGUUCCAGGAAACAUCGUUGUGACAGGUUGGUUAUCAGACAUCAGGCUCAAAUGAUCGAAAAACUUUUUCUAUACGGAUUAUCCGAUUCG